GAGAAUGGUAACUUGUGUCGGGAUCGAAGCCCUCACAUCAGUGGCAUGCUUCAUGGAGUUAUGUGCCUCGCGUUGCCCUCUGAACUGCCAUCAUGGACUGCAGCGCCCUAAUACUUUUCCUUUUCCUCUUCUCGCUCGUUUCCCGCGCCGACUUCAGCCUUUAUCCGUCCAAUGAAGUUAACCUGUUGGAUUCCAAAGCAAGCCAAGGGGAGCUGGGGUGGAUAUCAUAUCCAUCACAUGGGUGGGAGGAGAUCAGUGGAGUGGAUGAGCACUACACACCUAUUCGGACCUUCCAGGUGUGCAAUGUCAUGGAGUACAGCCAGAACAACUGGCUGAGGACCAACUGGAUCCCUCGCAAUUCUGCCCAGAAGAUCUAUGUGGAGCUCAAGUUCACACUGAGAGACUGCAACAGUAUCCCCCUGGUGCUGGGGACCUGCAAAGAGACCUUCAAUUUGCACUACCUGGAGACAGACGAGGACCAGGGCAGUAAGUUUCGCGAGCACCAGUUCUCUAAAAUAGACACAAUCGCAGCCGAUGAGAGCUUUACACAGAUGGACCUGGGGGAUCGCAUCCUUAAACUCAACACAGAAGUACGGGAGGUGGGUCCUGUCACUAAGAAAGGCUUUUACUUGGCCUUCCAGGACGUGGGGGCCUGUGUGGCCCUGGUUUCAGUGCGCGUGUACUUUAAGAAAUGCCCUUUCACAGUGAGGAACCUGGCCAUGUUCCCCGACACUGUGCCCAUGGACACACAGUCAUUAGUAGAAGUGAGGGGCUCGUGUGUCAACAACUCCAGGGAAGAGGACCCGCCUAAAAUGUACUGUAGCACAGAGGGAGAAUGGCUGGUACCUAUAGGGAAAUGUCUGUGUAAUAUUGGUUACGAGGACCGGGGAGUCACCUGUCAAGCCUGCCGGCCUGGCUUCUAUAAGGCCUCCUCUGAGAACGCGAAGUGUUCCAAGUGUCCCCCACACAGCUACACACACCAGGAGGGCGCCGUGCACUGCAGCUGUGAGAAGAACUAUUUCCGAUCAGCGGGAGACCCUGUUUUGAUGGCCUGCACCCGUCCUCCCUCAGCCCCCCGGAACGUGAUCUCGGUCAUUAACGAGACGUCGGUGAUCCUGGACUGGAGCUGGCCAGCAGACACGGGAGGCAGAAAGGACAUUAUGUUUAACGUAGUGUGUAAGCGGUGUUUAACUGGCUCCAAACAGUGUGAGCCAUGCAGAGGGGCUGUGCGCUUCCUGCCCCGUGCUACAGGCCUCACCAACACCACUGUGACCGUUGCAGACCUGCUGGCACACACCAACUACACAUUUGAGAUCGAGGCACAGAAUGGAGUUUCCUCUCUGGCCCCUGCACUGCGCCAAUACGCUGCUGUCACAAUAACAACCAACCAAGCAGCUCCAUCCCCGGUCACGGUCAUCAGGAAGGACAGAACAUCCCGAAACAGCAUCUCACUCUCCUGGCUGGAGCCAGAAAGACCCAAUGGUAUCAUCCUGGACUACGAGGUCAAGUACUAUGAGAAGCAGGAACAAGAGACCAGCUACACCAUCCUGAGAUCCAAGGGCACCAAUGUCACUCUGAAUGGACUGAAACCUGACACCAGUUACCUGCUGCAGAUCAGAGCACGUACUGCAGCAGGCUACGGCAGCAGCAGCCGCAAGUUCGAGUUUGAGACCAGCCCAGAUUCCUUUUCAAUCUCCAGCGAGAACAGUCAGGUGGUGCUGAUUGCUAUCUCCUCUGCUGUGGCCAUCAUCCUUCUCACAGUGGUUCUCUACAUUGUGAUUGGCAGGUUUUGUGGAUACAGCAAAUCCAAACAUCCAGACGAAAAGAGACUUCACUUUGGCAAUGGCCACUUGCGACUGCCUGGUAUCAGAACUUAUGUGGAUCCGCACACUUAUGAAGACCCAAGUCAGGCGGUGCACGAAUUCGCCAAAGAACUUGAUGCAUCCUGCAUCGCCAUCGACAAAGUAGUGGGUGCAGGUGAAUUUGGGGAGGUGUGCAGUGGCCGUCUGAAACUGCCCUCUAAGAAAGAGAUCUGUGUGGCAAUUAAGACUCUCAAAGCCGGAUACACAGAGAAGCAGAGGCGGGACUUCCUGAGCGAGGCCAGCAUCAUGGGACAAUUUGACCACCCCAACAUUAUCAGACUUGAAGGCGUGGUCACUCGCAGUAAGCCAGUGAUGAUAGUGACAGAGUACAUGGAGAAUGGAUCUUUGGACAGCUUCCUACGAAAACAUGAUGCUCAGUUCACAGUGAUUCAGCUGGUGGGCAUGCUGCGUGGUAUAGCGUCAGGUAUGAAAUACCUCUCAGACAUGGGCUACGUGCACAGAGACCUGGCUGCCCGCAACAUCUUGGUCAACAGCAACCUGGUGUGCAAAGUUUCUGACUUUGGCCUGUCCAGGGUGCUUGAGGAUGACCCCGAGGCUGCCUACACAACAAGAGGUGGCAAGAUCCCAAUUAGGUGGACGGCACCAGAGGCCAUCGCCUACCGCAAAUUCACCUCAGCUAGCGACGUGUGGAGCUAUGGCAUUGUACUUUGGGAGGUCAUGUCCUAUGGAGAAAGGCCUUAUUGGGAGAUGUCCAAUCAGGAUGUGAUCAAGGCAGUGGACGAAGGCUACCGUCUUCCCCCACCCAUGGACUGCCCUGCAGCCCUGUACCAGCUAAUGCUGGACUGCUGGCAAAAGGACCGGAACAACCGACCCAAGUUUGAGCAGAUUGUCAGCAUCCUGGACAAGCUUAUCCGUAACCCUAGCAGUCUGAAGAUCACAGCCAACACCGCCUCCAGGCCGGUCAACCUGCUCUUGGACCGGAACAGCACAGACAUGGCCUCGUUCAGCACUAUGGGAGACUGGCUGGAGAGCGUGAGGACAUUGCCCUGUAAGGAGGCCUUCAGCGGGGUCAGCUAUAGCUCAUGUGACACGCUGCCCAAAACCUCUGCAGAAAUCUGCCUGGCUGAGGUCAGGCCUGCAGCCACUUGUCCUGAGUGGGAGCCGUCCAUGGGAAUUACGACCCUUUAGGCCUUAAAGACUGGAUGGGACUUCAAGAAAGUUGGCGUAACGAUUGUCGGACCUCAGAAGAAGAUUGUGAGCAGCAUCAAAGCACUUGAAACGCACACGAAGAAUGGCCCAGUUCCUGUGUAGAAAAAAAAAACAUAGAUAAAUAAAGGAAUAAAAAGGGAGGGACAGGAAAGAAAGAGAAAUGUACACACAGGUGACUGUUGCUGCUUUUGGCUUUAACAGACAGGAAUUCUGUAUUAGAGAAAAGUAGAAACUACAAGUGAAAAGAAAUCAGUGCAUAGCAGAAGAGAAGAGUCUUUCCAGCACUUAUUAAUGGUGCUCAGGCAGAGAGUGUUGCCUCCCAGGCUAUUGAUGUGUUGCCUUAUGUAGAAAAGAAGGAAGAGAGUGGGUGUGGCUCCGGGGCCUGGUGAACCUGUGCUCUUGGUUGGAGUCCGGGCUCCUGUCAGAUCUCCACACGCCAUGAGUAUGUGUGUGAAGAGCAAGAUGGAGCCGUCAGGAGCCAGGCCAGUCUCCUCCAAGCGGAUACAACUGAAAGCUCUUAAUGUAUGACAGGAGAGAGGUGAGAUGCCUUUAGUAAACAUUGCAAAAGCAGCAGCUCUCAUUGUUGGAAGGCUGCCCUUUCGGAGAGAACUGAACUCAAGCUCAAGGCCUCUUCCAUCCUCACGAAUCAUUGGUCUAUCUGUGGUCAUGUUGGAUUGGGUGUGUCUGGGCAGGCAGGAGACAAACAGCCUGCCAAUACAUGAGAGCCCCCUUUAAUUUCCAGAUUUUGCUACAGAACAAGAGAAAUUGAGAAACGGAUUCCAGUAAACUACACUACAGUUGCCCAUAAAAGCAGGACUGCCAGAUAAAGACAAGAUUGAUGUUCCAGCAAUUUGCUAAUGCUUCUGAGGAUCUGACACAACGGGCGGCGUAUUUGAUUAACUAUUAAUCUAUAAGAGAACGGGCAUCUCAAACGGUCACGCUUGAAACAUCCGGAGUCAACAUGUAUAUGGUGAACUUGCUCCACUGAUGGGAUGUUUAUGUCACUUUAAAAGUAAAGCAAAUGCUUUCUUGUGCUGUUGAGAGAACCCCUGGAUAUAUAUUAACCAAAAGUGAACAUGUGAAUUUGUCAGCAACUUGAAAAAUCAAUGCAACUGUAAACUGUAUAUCCUAGAUUUCUGAACAUUCAGAGAUCACUUUAAAAACAUAUUGUGGAAUAAUAUUUUACUUUACUAAUUUUGGAACAUGGUCAGACAUGUUGGUAGCACCUGCAUAUGUCCAGUUAGAUCAGCGAGAGAGUAGAUCAGAAGAACAUUCUGACUGUAGAGGAGGAUGGGAAGCGUUAGAUGUGACAGGUAAAAUGAAGGACUUUGGUGAAGAACAUAUCCUAUAAUUUACUGCAGUGAGUCCAUUUUGGAAAAAAAUAAAAAAUCUUCAAAUGGUAGUAAGAUCUGUGAGGGGAAGUGCUUUAGGGACAAUGUCAAGUACUAUAUCAUUAUUGCAAAAGCUCAGGAUGCACAUCCCUCAUUCAGUCUUUGAGAAGCAAAAGAGAGAAGUGAAUACCAUGCAACCGACUACUUCAGGCUGAGGUUCUGUGCCAUUGUUCAUUGAUUUGUUUUUGGCUGCAAACAGAAAUAGAAAUGCUCUGACGAGGUAGGAGAUGCGUAGUCAUUAUAUUCAGAUAACCGUCAUUGGCAUUUUUGAACCUUUUAUUAGUGCAUCUUGAUAAGGCUUAUGCAGAUCAUAAAAGACUGAAAACGUUGCCCAUGCAGAGAGUGACUUUCUCUGAAAUUCAACACUUUAUGAAGGAACUUUGUUAGCUCUUCCUCUGUUCCUCCUCAAUCUGCCUGUAAAUGUUGCUGCUCUCUCAGCUAUUAGCAUGUACAUAUGUAAACAGGACCUGUAAUAAUAGCAAUGGUGAACCUAGCGGUACUGUCGAUUACCCGGCCAUCCCUUUGUACAAAUGUUUGUAUGUAUAAAAGAAUGAAAGAAAAAUGUGUGCAAACUUUAAAAGAGCAAAAACUCCUUUGUAUUAUAUUUUAUGUUAUUUUGUAUCAUAUUUGUUUUUUACAUUAAAAAAAGCAACGGUAAUGACCUAUUUAUUUGAUAACAAACAGUAUACCGUGCCAAUUUGAAUGUUUUUUCUUUGUAGCAUACAGUAAGUUAUGACAUGGUUACGUGAUGACAUUAUCAGUGUUUUGUAUUUUACUUUAUGAAACUUCUAAAGAGCAAUACUGUUUUGCCCCCCAUCCUCCUCCUCUACUCUUUCUUUAGACCGGUGUGUGCGUGUGGGUCUGGGUGGGUGCGCAAAUGUAGAUGGCCUUGUCUACUAAUGUAAAAUGAUUUGUAGUGGAAACAUUUAUAUUUUUAUAAUAAACUGUCUGAAAAUAUUUUCUAAAGAA